AGCAAGCCUCUUACGACACCCAAUAUGUCUUAUUCUGGUUCUGCCUCUUGCCAUCCAAAGCAGCACCAUGCUGUCUGUGCUCCUAAACCUGAUCUGUACUGGCCUCGUCCUAUUCCUGAGGACAGUGGCAAAAGAAGGAUAUCAUGAAAAGCCUUCACUCUCUGCCUGGCCAAGCCAUAUUGUUCCUUUGGGACAGCAUGUGGAACUUCAAUGUGACUCUCAUAGUGACUAUUACACAUUCAAGUUGUACAAAGAACUUGGUAAUCCUAUCCCUCCAAUCCAGGGAAGACCAUUCCAGAAGAAAUUUGUCUUUGGACCUGUGACAUCAGAACAUGCAGGGACAUACAGAUGCUAUGGCUUGAAUUAUCAUUACCCUACUAAAAUUUCAGCCAACAGUGACCCUGUGAAGAUCAUAAUUUCAGGAGUCUACAGGAAGCCUUUCCUCUUGGCCUUACAACCUCCCCUGGUGAAUUUAGGAGAGAAGGUGACACUGGAGUGUCGAUCAGAGAUUAUGUUUGACACCUUCGUUUUGACUUCACAUAAAACUGGAACAAUCAAGGACUCUUUCGAGCUUUCUGCAGAACACUAUCAUGGGGGUUCCCAAGCCAACUUCUCAAUAGGUCCUAUGACACCUGAUGAUGCUGGGACAUACACAUGCUAUGGUUCCUUCAAUCACUCUCCAUAUGAGUGUUCUGAAUCCAGUGAUCCCAUUGACAUAAAGAUCACAGGUUUAUACAAGAAACCUUCUCUGUCAGCCCUGAUGGAACCUGUGGUAAUGUCAGGAGAAAACAUGACCUUGACCUGUUUCUCUGACCUUCAGUUUGACAUGUUCCAUCUGUCCAGGGGAGGGGUACCCAAGGAACAUGGGUUACCUUCAGUGAAGAGCCACAAUGGAACAUUCCAAGACAGCUUCCAUCUUGGUCCUAUGGUCCAGGCUGGGAACUAUAGAUGCUAUGGCUCUUUCAGGAACUCUUCCCAUCUGUGGUCAACCCCAAGUGACCACUUGUACAUUCUUGUCACAGUUAACUCAACAAGAAACUGCACUUCUUGCACAGAAGCAGACUUCACAACCAAUAACCGCAGGAACCUGCACAUGCUGAUUGGACUGUCAGUGACCAUGAUCCUUGUCUUCCUCAUCAUCCUCAUUUAUUCUUGUUGCUCUGCCAAAAAGAGUAAGUCUCAGGAACAAGCCAGUGAAAGUCAUCUGACUACUGUGAGAAAACAAGUCCAGAGAAGUAGAGCCAUCAUGGAUCAAGACUCUGAAGUGAGAACAACACUGAACAGACAGAAUCCUGAAAGAGAAGAAGUGCAGGAGGUGACAUACUUAAAAUUUGAUCAGAUGACCUUCAAACAAAAAUUGACCAUUCCCGAUUCCCAGAUUCCCAAGGAAUUUUCCACAGAUCCCAGUUUAUACAUGGAUGUCAGGGAAUGUUAA